CAACCAGGUGGCUGCUUUCAGCCAUGGCCCAGCUCCCUGGGCAGCCCCCAGUUCCAGGCUACCCUUCCUGGAACCACACUCCAGGUGUGUGUGUGUGUGUCUGUGUGUGUCUGUGUCAGGGAGCAAAGCUCCAGAGAAGGUAAAUCCUGGUCCUCAGUCCUGAGGCUCGGGAAGCAGCUCUGCUUUGUGCCAACUUCCAUCUCAUGGAAUAAAUGUCUGUAUCCUGGAGGGACCAGUCAUCCUCUAGUCUAGGAGUCAGGAGGUCUGAGUUUAGUCUUGGCUCAGCCUGAGAACCACUCUCUGUAUCUGGAACUCAGUUUCCCCACCUGUAGAAUGUGGUGGCGUAGACAGUACCUGGGGCUCUUUCUAGCUCUGAUUUUUGACUUCUGAGAUGCUUCAGCAGUCAAAGCCACGACCUGGAUAGAAGGAGACCUUCGGAGGGGUCUGAGGUCCCCUACCAUCCCCACUUUGGAUAAUCCUCCUGGCCCUUUGCAUGAGUCCCAGCGGUCCCUGCCCCAACGAGUGCAGUCCACCCCUCAGCUGGGAGGGCUCUGUACCACCCUACCCCAAACAGUCCCCCCACAAUGGACGCCCUAACACCUCUCCCUUGUCUCUUUCAUCUCCAGUCCCUACCGGCGGAGCAUGAAUAAACUUUCCUGGCUAAGUUAGAUGGAUGGUCCCUGUUAGCCUGGCAGGCUGCCCCUGCUGCCUACCUCCCAACUCCCCUGGCCAAGGGAGGUGCCUCUGUAUGUAUGUGGGGAGGGAUGGGGCUAGGGGGCAAGAGCAUUUAGAUGGGGGUGGGGGGUACCCUGCCCAGCGAGCAGGAAUGGUGCCCCCGGGGAAGAAACCAGCCGGAGAGGCCUCCAACUCCAACAAGAAGUGCAAGCGUUAUUUCAACGAGCACUGGAAAGAGGAGUUUACCUGGCUAGACUUUGACUAUGAGCGGAAGCUGAUGUUUUGCCUCGAGUGCCGCCAGGCCCUGGUGAGGAACAAGCAUGGCAAAGCUGAGAACGCCUUCACCGUGGGCACCGACAACUUCCAGCGCCACGCCCUGCUGCGCCACGUUACCUCGGGAGCCCACCGCCAGGCUCUGACUGUCAACCAGGGCCAGCCCACUUUCGAGGGCCUGGCUGAGGGUGGAGGGGCCUACCCAGGCCUGGCCACCACCCCCACUUCUAGAGGCGUCAAGGUGGAGGUGGACCCAGCCAAAGUGGCCGUGCUGACCACCGUAUACUGCAUGGCCAAGGAGGACGUGCCCGAUGACCGCUGCUCUGCCCUGCUCGAGCUGCAGAGGUUCAACUUGUGCCAGGCACUGCUGGGCAUGGAGCAUGGUGAUUCCUACAGCCCCAGGCGGGUGAGAGACAUGCAGGUGGCCAUUGCCAGUGUCUUGAACACAGAGGACUGCCAGCGCCUGAAAGCAUCCCCAUAUGUGGGGCUGGUGCUAGACGAGACCAGAGACUGGCCUGAGUCCCAUAGUCUGGCCCUGUUUGCCACUUUAGUGUCCCCCUGUGAUGGCCAGCCUGCCACCACCUUUCUGGGCAGCGUGGAGCUGCAGGAGGGUGAGGCCACCGCUGGCCAACUACUGGACAUCCUGCAGGACUUUGGUGUGUCUGCACCCAAGCUGGCCUGGCUCAGCUCCAGCCUGCCCAGGGACCGCCUGGGGGGUGUGGGCCUGCAGCUCCAGGCCACCUGCCCACUGCUCACCGAGCUACACUGCCUCCCUGGCCGGACAGACUCUGGGCCCCCCGCCUACCUGGGUGAAUAUGAAAAUGUGCUGGAUGCCCUAUUCCGUCUUCACGGUGGCCCUGGUUCCCACAUGGUUCCUGAACUCCGGGCAGCACUGGACCUUGCAGCUAUCGACUUGGCAGGGCCACGGCCAGUGCCCUGGGCCUCCAUGCUGCCUGUCGUGGAAGCAGUGGCUGAGGCCUGGCCUCGCCUGGUUCCCACACUGGAGGCUGCAGCCCCAGCCUCACCCACCGCUGGGGCACUGGCCCUGGCCCUGCGCCAGUUCACCUUUGUAGCCUUCACCCACUUGCUACUGGAUGCUCUGCCCUCCGUGCAUAAGCUCGCCCUUGUCUUGCAGCCAGAGGAGCCAGACUUGGCCUUACUUCAGCCCCUGGUGAUGGCGGCCGCAGCCUCCCUCCAAGCACAGCACAGCUCUGGUGGGGCCCACCUCCAGGGCUUCUUGCAGGAACUGGCGUCCUCAGGCUCUGACGGUGGCAACGGGCACUGUACCUACCGUGGCGUGGAACUGGCCGGCUACUCAGAGGCUGCCAUCCGGAGCUUUGAGCGGCUGCAGGGCGCUUUCCUGGACUCCAUGCGGAGGGGGCUGCAGGACUCCUACCCCGGGCCCUCGCUGGACGCCGUGGCCGCCUUCGCUGUGAUCUUCGACCCGCGCCGCUACCCGCAGGCGCGCGAGGAGCUGGGUGCACAUGGAGAGGGGGAGCUGCGCGUCCUGCUGCGCGCCUUCGCGCCCGCGGUGGUGCGCCAGCGGGCUCUGGGCGACUUCCCGCUCUUCAAGCGCGUGGUUUGCAGCCUAGGGCGGCUCGGCCCGCGGGCCUUGUGCGCCAGACUAGUGUGCGCGUACUCGGAGCUGCACGAGCUCUUCCCCGACUUCGCCGCCCUCGCCGCCCUGGCCUUGACACUGCCCGCGGGUGCGGGCCUCCUGGACAAGAUCGGCCGCAGCCGGGAGCUGCGCUGGUGGGGACAGGCUGGGGGAGGGGAAGGCCGCGGCUGCCACGUGGUGAAGAUCGCGGUGGAUGGGCCCCCGCUGCACGAGUUUGACUUUGGGCUGGCCGUGGAGUUCUUAGAGAGUGGGUGGGGGGAGGGAAUCCUGGGGGUGCAGCUCCCUUGAGGGUGGUCGCCCGUCUGGCGGCCCAGCCAGCCUGGGGCAUUGGGCAUUCUACAGGCCAAGCUGGAUUUGACCAUGCUGCGUCCAAGCUGACCUACUAACUGUGGCCUCUCCCGGCAGGAGCUCUCCCAUCCACCUUCCUGUGCUCCCUCUGCUCCAAGCUGAGAUGCUAACUCAGCCUGGUGGGCUGGGAGGUGGGGGCUGGGUCAGCAGGGGCUUGGGCAAGUGGGCAGGUGCUAGGGUCUCGGGCACCUUAAAUUGCUCCUGUUCUUUCAAAAGUUUGUUGAGGAGUAGCUCACCCUUUCCCUUCUGGGACUUAGUCCAAGUUUUGGCCCUAGAAAAGUUCUGUCUUGGUGGGAGGGAGGAAGACUGGGUGUUGGGAAGUGGGAUGUUGGGGAGACGGAGGAUUUCGUAGCCCUGCUCCUGGCAGUCUCCCUCCUCCUUAGAUACUGCCAGGAGUGGAGAGCCGGUGGCCUUACUUGUUCUUGACCCACGGACUCUCUCUGUGCACAAGCUAAUGUAAUGGUAGAAGGGUACAGCUGUUAGGCAGUGGUUCCUGCCUCCCCUGUAUCCCAAAAGGCUGGCUGAGGGUGUUUCUGUAUAUGACCAUGUAUAGAGACAUAUAAAUAUAUAAAUGUGAAAUAAAUCUAUCUUUCAUAGUGUUAACACA